AUGGCUGUGGAAAAUUCAGGAAUGCUCUUUUACACUGAACAUCGCUACUACGGAUUAAGUUUGCCUCAUGGAGACAAGAGUUUUCAACAGCCCUAUUUGAAGCAACUGAAUCUUCAUCAAUCAUUAGCUGACUUGGCUCACUUCAUACGCCAUCAAAAGUCAAAGAGUUCUGAAUUGAGAGAUUCCAAAGUAAUUUUGGUGGGAGGCUCUUAUUCGGGUAGCAUGGCAACUUGGAUGACUCAACUGUAUCCAGAGCUAAUAGCUGCCAGUUGGGCUUCCAGUGCUCCCUUACAGGCCAAGGCAGAUUUUUAUGAAUACAUGGAUAUGGUCAGUAGCUCUAUUAAGCUGAGCUAUGGACAAAAUUGCUCUUUGCGGAUUGAAAAAGGUUUAAAGCACUUGGUGAAAUUAUUUGAUGACAAUGAUAUCAAAGAUUUGCUGGAUAAAUUCAAUGCUUGUGAGAAUUAUAAUCCCAGAAAUCCCUUGGAUCGAGCAGCUUUCUUCAAUGGCCUGGGCAACUAUUUUGCUUUAUUGGUGCAAAGUUAUAGUGCCUAUAUACCCCGACUUUGUGAGACUCUCAUGUCCCUGGACACCAAUGAUGAAGUGGCAUUCAUGGCCUUUUUGGAGCUACUCAAUUCGGAGGGCAGGCGAACGUCGGAAUGCCAAGACUUUGGUUACACUUCCAUGCUGCAACUGUUCAGCGAAGGAGCAGAUCAAAGUUCAGGAACUCGUGCGUGGUUUUAUCAGACUUGCAAUGAAUUUGGCUGGUACACCACCACAAAAUCGUCAUCCUCCUUGUCCAGUGCCUUUGCCAGGGAGGUGCCCUUGUCCUACUUCGUGUCCCUUUGCCAGGAUGCGUUCGGAGUGGAGCAGACUGCCCAGAAGUUGGCCCAGGGCGUCAAACAAACGAAUAGCCAAUUCGGCGGAUUCGGCUUCAAUCAGAGCGAGCGUUAUGCUCAGGUAAUCUUCACGCAUGGCCAGCUGGAUCCGUGGCGUGCUCUGGGCCAGCAAACGGGGGACCAGGCCAUUGUCCUGGCGGGCUACUCGCAUGUGGAGGAUUUGGCCAGCAUCCGAGUGUCGGACAGCGUGCAGAUGAAUCUGGCCAAGCUGCGUGUGAUGUCCUUUCUGCGACGCCACAUAUGA